AUGUCCUCCGUUGCUAAGAGUGCCUCCACUAAGUUGAACUGGGCUAAGGUCAUCUCCUCCUUGGGUUUGACCGGCUCCACUGCAUCUUCAUUGACUGCCUUCAAGAAGAGAUACGAUGAAGCCAAGAAGGAAAACUUGGCCUUGAAGGAACAAAGCACCGAAGUCGACUUCGAACACUACAGAUCCGUCUUAAAGAACACCAAGGUCAUCAGUGAAGUUGAGAAGGCUGUCGCCUCUUUCUCCCCAGCCACUUACGACGUUUCCAAGAGCUUGAAGAACAUUGAACUCUUCGAAGAAAAGGCCGUUGAAAACGCCAAGUUGACUGAAAAGUCUGUCAGUGAAGAAAUCACCAAGUUACAAGCCACCCUCAAGGACAUCGAAGGUGCCAGACCAUUCGAUCAAUUGACCGUUGACGACGUUGCCAAGGCCAGACCAGACUUGGAUGAAAAGGUCACUUACAUGGUUAAGAAUGGUAAAUGGGACGUUCCAGGUUACAAGGAGAAGUUCGGUGACUUGACUGUUAUGUAA